AUGGCUGAAGCUGUCGCAGCGGAGCUAGCAGCAGCGGAGACCGGAGGCACCGGGGGUGGCCAGAACGCAGUUACCGAUGAACACCUCUACCAGGACCCAGCUUCAUUGAAGUGGAAGAUCUUUGAGGCCGUAGCAAAGGCGAAUGGGCAACGCGCGUUCGAGACUUACUGGUCGGCCCUACGUGACUUCAUGCACGGAUGGCUCCCCCGCGGCGGGCUGGACGAAGCCCUGGACGCGUCUCUGGGCGCGGACAACCUGCACCUCCACAACGAGCUCAUCCUGUGCCUGCUCAACAACGCCCGGUGCCGCUACCUCCCGGCGGACCUCGUGUCCCAGGUUCCCGCGAGCUUCCGCGGGAAGGUGGUGCAUACGACGGCGGCGGCGCCCCCGGCCGCCGCGGCCGCCGCGGCAGCGGCAGCGGAGAAGCCGCCGCCGGCGGCGAUACCCCGUCGCCCCGUCCCCGUUCUGAACGGCAGCAACUCGGGAAGCUCGCCGUGCGGAAAGAGCGGGCUGUCCAACGGCAGCGGCGGCGGCGGCGGCAACGAUGCCAUCGCCGCCGCCGCCGCCGCGUCGUUACCUUUCCAAGGGAAACGGGCGGAGGGGCUCCUGUUGAACGCGGAGGGAUACGCCGUCGACGGCAGCGGCUUGUCUGCGGCACCCGUGAAAACCGAGUUCGGCAGCGGGGCGAAGCCGGCGACGCAGGCGCCCGGCGUGGCAAAGCUGGAGACAACGGCAGCGAGGAGCGGGUUGACUUCUGCCGUUGCGCCUUCGGCAGGGGAUGAUGCGGUGUCAUCCCCGGGGGGAGAACGCCGGAGAGACGACGACCGAAUACCUCGGGGGGAGAGGGGAGGGGUGGACUGCCUCGUUGAGGCGGAGCUGCUGUCGAGGGACGCGCAGCUGCUAGAAGACGAGAUAGAAGCGUCCUUCGGUACAGGCUCGGACUUGUGGCACCCCUGGUCGUCGCGAGAAGAAUGGGGUUCGGGGAGACUCGAACGGAGCAGCUCGCAGGGCGUCAAGAGGCCGGCGCCGCUGUCGCAGGAGACUAACUCGACGGGCUGCUACGCCAACGAGAGAGAUACGAAGUCUCUGAAGACCGAGGGUGGGGUAGCGGCGGCCGGUGGCGGUGGCUCUGCUGCCAACGGGGCGUUGUAUUGCCCCGAGCCACGAUCAACGACAAGGGAGAUGAAAGGGGCGGCGCCGGCGUUGGAGCAGGCGGCGGCGAGAGCCGCGGCGGAACAGCUUUCGCCCAGCCACCGGUCGCAGCGGGUCCCGGGGGCGCGAGCGUUGGCCCCGUUCCUGCAGGCGGUAACGGCGUCGCAGAAGAUGAAGGUCUCGCACGAAGUGUGUCGGGUAAUGACGGCAGGCGUAAAGGAAUACCUGCGGCGAAUCAUAGAGGCUUGUCUCGUCAACGCGCGGGAUGGGCGGCGGCGGGGGAAGGUGGAGGUGAAGGCGGGCGUGAGAGGCAUUGCUCCGGCGGCAAACCCUUCCAAGGCUAGCAACGGGGCGGUAGCACCACCACCAGGCGGUGUAAAGAAGCAAGUGGGGGCGGCUUCGCCAGGGGCCACCACGCCGACAGCAGCCGCAACCUUGAUGAGCCCGCCGGCACCAGCACCAGCGGCGCGGGGAGUCGGAGGGGGGGGCAGCGGAGGAGGCGUCUUGACGCCGGGACACCUGCAGUCGGCGCUGGAGACGACGCCGAGGUUAGUCGGACCGCCGUCCUCGACGAGAGCGCAGUGGCGGAGGGUGGCGACGUACGCCGCAGCAGGGGGGGGGGUGCCCCAGCUCCCCGGGACGGGGGUUAGAGGAAUCGGGUGGAGUUUUGUUCCUCCAAGCUUUUAUUAGCCCAGGUUGGGGGGGGGGGGGGGGUGCUGGAGGUCUAUGUGCCGUACGCCAUAGACGGAGUAUGAUUGUAUCGCACCCAUUGUUGGACCGGUUUUCAAUGCCAGACUGCUUUACAGCAGCUUUACAGCAGGAACGGGUGACGGCGCCGAAAAUGAUGGCGUUGGCACCGCCGUCUCGUUGAGAACUUGGCGAAAACCGUGCCGCUUGAUGCAGACACCCAUAGGGUCGCGGGGUAGUCGAGCACGGAAAAUGGCCCAAUGGGGUGUGGUACCCUACGUCAUGUCACCGACGGUGCUGUAUGCAUAUCUACCUAUCCUGGACUUGUGCGGGGGGAGGCAACGGGAUUGUUUUCCGCCGAGCGUGACAAGUCACGCCCAACAGCUGCGUGCGGGGCACGUGAAGAAGACACACAACAGCGCUCGCGCAAAGGCUCUACCGCCGUACUGCCAUCGCCAUUUGAGCGCCGCAACAACCGAGAUAGAGCAGUAGUACUGUUGUGUGCGGCUUUCUCCUUGUCUGCACCCCGGCUUUUCCCGUUCUGGACCAGUGAUGAACGAAAAAAUGAGCCGUGCAUGACACUGAACCCCCCCCCCUUUCGAGUGUCGGGAGUGCAUAGAUGGCACAGCUCAGACGUGCGUUGAGAGCCUUCAGCUCUCCCGCGAGUGUGGAAUAUGAAAUCCCGAGCGUGUGCGGCAUGGUCCCCGACUUUCGCGGCCGGAAGCGGCGCGAUUUAAUAGCGCCAGAUCCGGCGAAGCACAAUAUAGAUUAGUGUUCAGAGCACACGCGUUGUUGUCGUAAGGUGUAGCACUACAUGCAUCGUGUGCAUUUUCA